AUGAAGCUGCUCACUUCCUCCCUCUCCCUCCUCCUCGCCACUCUCACCUCCACUAUCGCCGCGCCAGUCACUCAAUCGCAACCCUUCGACCUCAUCACCAGCGGCGCCUCCAACUCCUCCCGCAACAACCUCUACCUGUCCACCCAAGCUACCGACCCCCUCAACAGCAACGCUGUCUUCCGCGACGCUGCCGACGCCGCAAGCUUCUCCUACGUCGCCUCAAACGGCACCGUCCGUUACGCUGCCCCUAACGGUGCCCCCUAUGCCCUUGCCUUGGUUGAGGGCAAGGCCGUCAAGGCUGAUGUCGAGGUCAGCGUAAGCCCCAGCUCCGGCAGCACCGGGUUCCGCCUGCAGAGUGGGCACCUGGUAUCCAGUAAUGCAGCCUGGGGUGGCUGGUUGGUCUGCCCCGGUGACACUGAACUGCUGGGCUUGUUCUAUGUGGACCAGGAUGCUGGCACCGGCGUGCCGAGUGGCUGUGACGAAGUGCAGCUCGAUGUGGCUUAUACCAACACCUCUUCGUAA